ACUUUGAGUACAGGGAAGUCUGCUGGUAGGAAUUCCUCAGGGCGUAUUACGGUUUUUCACCGAGGGGGUGGAUCGAAGCGAUUGCAGCGAAGAAUUGAUCUGAAACGAAGCACUUCGUCUAUAGGCAUUGUAGAAAGGAUAGAAUAUGCGCCUAAUCGUUCUUCUCGAAUCGCUCCAGUACGAUGGACCGGGGGGGGGUCCCAGAGAAAAUGCAACACGAUAGAAGAGUUCGCUCCGCCGCGUAAGAUCCUCGAAUCAAAAUCAACCACGACUACCCUCUGCGGUCCAUUUUCGUUCUCUUCCCUGCCCGGGAAGGGGGAUCAAAGAAAGGUAGCUUGCUUCUCUCCUGGACGGAUGGCGACUUAUGUAGUGGUCGGCCUUCCUACCAGAAUGCCUUCUUGGUCGAAGAGCCCCUUUUUUACUAGUAAGGACGCAGGAAGCAAAAAAACUUGCGCGAAGGACGUUUUCUUCUCUGCCCUCUCCUCUCCAAAGGCCAAAGGAGAGACUGCAUCCCUUUCCUUCGGUAGCUCUUUUGGUUUCCCAAGGAUAGCGGUAGCUGGGGCAAAGCCCGCUUUCUUCGCUCCGCGAAUGAGAGAGAAAGUCAGAGGAAAAAACACGUUCUCUCUUUGCGAGAUCCGAAAGUGGAGAACGCAUAGCAUUCUAUGGGUACAUAGGAUCAAACGUAAAGCAGCGCUCUCUUGGCAGAGUUUUAGGCGGCAAGAGACUUUAGGGCUUGUUGGAGCUUCUGAGCGUAACGAAUCGAAGCCGAAGACGGAUCAAGGUAGCUUGCCUGCCAAGCCGAUAGGCGAAGGGCUGAAGGAUGGAACGCGCAAAGUAGAUCUCACACGGGAAAAGAGGUCAAAUGGCGGCAAGGCCAUACGCCCGUUUGGCUCCUCGCGGAGUAUAGCUCACAUCCAACAUCUGAUUGGGGAACGGGGCAACGCCCAUGAAGCUCCGGCGGAAAGGGAAGGCCUGCCAGGCCGUAUGCCCAUGGGUGCAGGAUUCUUCGAAAAAGCGCGGGCUGACUCGGAGACCUGGGACCCUGGCUUAGUAAUGAAUGAAGGAAGCUCUUCGAGCUUUCUCCGCCAGCGGCUUAUGUAGUGGUCGGCCUUAUAAAGCUCGCUAAGCCUCGCUUCCCUCUCCCCUUCACUUAUUAAGUGGAAAAUAGUCGUCGGCAUUCUAUAAGCGACUUGACCGAGUCUACGAAGCUUUGCUUUUCUUGUAGUCGGCCCGUAAUGCCUCCCUUCAUUUGCUUGCCUCCUUUCAGCUCAGAAUGCCUAAUGCCUAUUAUUUAGUGCUAGAAGCUAACCGCCAUAAGCUCACCCUUCAGGUCUCGCUUCCAGCGCAGGAGGCCAAGCAUUCUGCCAGACGUCCCGGCCUGGGAGCCCCGUUCGCCUUUGGUACUUCAGUAGAUCUUCUAAAAAAAAAGCGCUACUUCAGCCUUAACUACAACUACAUUACGCAAGCCCCGCCGAUACCUACCUAUAGAGUAAAAUUCUAAUAAAAAAGUACCAGUGACGGCGACUUUCUAGGUUUAUGGAUUCAGUCAGCUAAACUCCAUCAAACUCCUCAAUCAAUAUCAACAAGAUGUCGUGACCGCUUAGGCUUGGUUUACUUUGGUUUGAAUGUAAACUAAAAUAAGCGGCGUUUAUUCAAACAAAGGGAGCCGAAGGUUUCCUUGUUUAGUAGUACGAAAGUAGUUCUACUAUUAAGAUGUUUAAUAUAUAUAAGAAAUAUAUAGUGUUGUAGCUGUAGAACAGAAUGACGUUCGCCCUUACUUUGACUUUCUGAGAAGGACUUAAGUAGCUAAGUUUCCAAAGGCGAACACCCCCCUGUCCUUUAUAGUAUAGUCGUAAGGGGCUUCUCAGAAAAGUAAGGAAGAAGGCAUUCGAAAGGCCGACCACUACCACUAUCUCAUAGGCAUUCUGGUGGUAAAACCGACGACUACACGGCUCUAUACCAAGUCAUGAGCGAUAGCGAAGCCAAGCCGCCGUCUAUAGGCGAAGGGACGAAAGCCCGACGAAGGCCUAUGC